AUGAUCGAGGAGACUGGAGAGGAUGCCACCACACUGGAAGGCUUAGAUGAAGCCCAAAAGCUAAGCAAUGGGGUUGAGGAGGCCACAAUCGAUGAAGCUGAGAAGCUGAGUAAUGGAGUUGAGGAGGCUAGAAGACAUGAAGCAGAGGCGAAUGAUCAGGUCCAUCCAUCGUCUUCUCCUUAUUCCACUGCUCUCUUCCUUCUUUCUAGUGUCUCAUCCCGUUUCCAAGUCCACGACGACGAACUUCUUCAGAAUCAGAUGAUGGAAAUAACCUCCGCCAUGUACUUGCCGGAUUUCGGGAUGGAGGAUACGACAAUGCUUGAGCAGUUGCCGGUGGAUUAUUUUGACGGGCUUGAUUUCCAAUCGUUGGUCUCCGACAGUUAUUCCUCGUACGAGAGUCCCAACUCCGAGAAAACACAGAAUCCCCAGUCGAUUAUUGCCCCACCAGUACCAAGACCAAGCAAGCUGCAGGUGAAGACCAAUAAGUCUGAUACUGCUUCCAGGCUGAUUUCUUUUGGGCACUCCAAUAUGCACCAAUGUUCCAACCAGAGUUCCAAUGUUAAGCUCAAAACUAUGAAUGAAGAAAACGUAUUGAAUUUUUCGCCUUUGAGCUGCCAAGGAUCAUACUAUGAAGACAUAAAUGAUCAGAAACUGAGGAACACGACGGGCACCGUGACGAGAAAUCCACUCCAAGCCCAAGAUCACGUCCUGUCCGAACGAAGACGAAGGGAAAAGCUCAACCAGAAGUUCAUUGCUCUCUCCUCCAUCAUUCCGGGCCUCAAGAAGAUGGACAAGGCUUCAGUGUUGGGAGAUGCUAUAGAGUACAUAAAACAACUGAAGGAACGCGAAAAGAUUCUGGAAGAACAAGUCGCCAUGAAAAGAAAGGAAUCCGCAGUCUUAAAGAGAAGAACUACUCUCUUCGCCGACAAUGAUAACUCCCCGUCCGAUGAAGUUUCCGGCCAGCCACUUGCAGAAAUCGAAGCCAGAGUUCUGGGUAAGAAUGUGUUCAUCAGAAUCCAAUGCGAGAAACACGAAGGGUGUGAGGCUAAAAUUCUGAGAGAAUUAGAAAACCUUCAUCUCACUGUUCAAAGCAGUAGCAUCUUGCCAUUCGGGGACGCCACUCUAUGUAUAACUAUCAUAGCUCAGAUGGACGAUGAGCACAGUAUGACAGCAAAGGAUUUCGUGGGAAGUCUGAGGAAGGCAUUGACAUUAUUGGAUCGUGCAUAGAUAAUAAAAAUGGUCUGCGACUAGAU